AGCUUAUUUAGCUAUUAGGUAAGGACGUCCCGUCCCCAAACUGCCCCAAGUCCCAUCCCGACUCCCGAUCUUUAAGGUUUCGGGAAACUCCAUUUUCUCAUUUGUCGCGAAACAAGCUCCAAACCAUUGUGCGCCAACAAAACGGUCACCUCUACAAAAAAUUCCACGGGCCUUUUCGCCAAAUCAAAGCUUCGUGUCGCCAUGCCUCCAGGCCGACCGCCCAAACGGCCUGGUGAAGCUGCCGACCUCGACUCUCCCGACGGUACUGCCAAAUGCAAGCUACCGAGAUUAGAUCGUGACCGCGCCGCUCCAAAUGAUUUCUCUAGCGUCGUCAAGAGUAAACUUCAAUCCUAUACGAGAACUGGACAAGCAUGCGAUCGGUGUAAGGUUCGCAAGAUCCGUUGCGAUGCUCUACCCGAAGGAUGCUCUCAUUGUAUCAAUCAAAACCUCGAAUGUUACGUGACGGACCGAGUCACUGGUCGGACGGAGCGAAGAGGAUAUAUGCAAGAGCUGGAACGCGAGAAGAGGGAUAUGUUAAAUCAUAUUCAUGACUUAGAGAAGCUACUUCAGCAAAAUGGCGUUGAGAUCAAACCCUUCCGCUCAUCCUCAACCCCGAUCGAUAAUUCUACUUCCGAUGGAGGUAUUGCCAACUUGACCAGCCAGAUACCGGAUUCUCUAGGAAAGCCUCAAUGGUCUCAAUCUCAACAUGGGCAUGGGUCGCCGAAUUGGGUGAAAGAUCAAUACCGACCUCCGAGCAUACAUUUCUCCAGCACGCUACGUUCGACAGUUGAACCAAGACCGGCAGAUACUCAUAUAGGCGUUGGUGCGGAUCACGCUCCUCUAAGUUCUAUCAAGGGUACAGCUCUAUCUAUUCUCGGAAGCACUAUAGAUCUUGGGUCUUUCGAUGUACCGGACAUGGAGGAACCUUCUCCUGAUGCUCCGGCUCACACACCCAUUUAUAACAAAUCCGUCCAUGCUAUGUUACGGUCUGUCGCAAAUAUUAAUCCUCCGCUUCACAUCGAUUAUCCCCCUAAAGCUGAUGCUUUCACCUAUGCCGAAUGGUAUUUUCUUAUGGUCUAUCCUUUCCAUCCGGUAUUACAUAAACCUACCUUCAUGAAUCUCUUGGCACGUCUCUAUGACGACCCUAAUUUCAAACCUACCGUUUCCGAAACAACCAAAAUCCAUCUAGUAUUCGCUUCUAUAUAUCUCCAAUACGGGUUCCGUAACCGGGAAAAUCCCGAACAGAGGGCUCGUCUCAAUGACCUAUCAAAUAAGCAUUAUCACUAUGCUUUAAGCAAGUGGUUUGACUUAUCCACAUCUAAAAGUUUCUACGAUAUCCAGGCUUUAACUAUGCUCUGUGUGCAUACAAUGCGAUUUCCAAAGUCCAAUACCAGCAGCAUGUUGAGUACCUAUACCCUCGGCCUCGCUAUAGAAAUUGGUUUGCACCGCGCCUGGAAGAAGCCAGGUGAAGAAACUAACCUCGAGAAUGAACUUCGAAAACGGACGUGGUGGGCCCUUGUAUCAACAGUUGUCACAUUGAACGGUAGAAUGGGACGACCUAUGUCCAUUCGGUUAGAAGAUAUCGAUUGCGAGUUUCCGGAGAAUAUAGCCGACGAACUUUUAUCCGAGGAUGGUGUCGAUACCACGAGAUCACUUCCGUGCCGUUACGAGAUCGGUGUUUCUGCCUUCAAGAUUUCUGCAUUGUUCCUUGAGAUGUUUGCCAACAUAUACUCAGCGAAGAGGGAUGCAAGUCGAUAUCUUCCUGUGAUAGAGGCGCUCGAGGAACAAUUAGAGGCCUGGAAAGAAAACCUCCCUCCUGGUUUAAGACCUCACAGCACGGAUCAUCUCGAACAUGAUUCUAUGUUCGCGCUAUAUGCAGAAUACAUGUCGCUUGAAUUUAGACUCACGUUACGGCACCCGGCUGCUUGUAUAACAAAUGACCCGAAGCUAAUAGCUGAAAAUACCAAGAUAUGCGAAGAGACGGCAAAGAGAAUGCUCUCAAUCCUACACAAUAUAUAUAGAUUAAAGUCUCUCGACACAACAUGGUAUUGUCUAGCAGUGUAUUGCACUGCAAUAUUCUCCACGUUAGUGGCGCACUGGGAAAGACGACAUGACAUAAGCGCGGUCGAACUCCAAAGUCUUCGUGCGGAUAUGACUCUCUGGUUGACUAUUCUAGCUGAAACCGGAAGUCUCAUGGGCUGCGGUAUGGGCCUUCACGAUGCAGUAUCAUCUAUCAUAGAACGUACGAUCUCUUGGAUAGAGCAUGCUCAACUUCAAAAGGCCAACGAUCCUAUCACCCAACCACAACUUUCCCAAGACAUGCUCAAACAAUCUCCUCAUUCGCCACCUUAUGCCAACUUACCUCCACCACCCAAUUCUAACCCAACCCACGACACUGAAACAGUGAACGGCUCAACGAGCCACGUCAUUGCGACACCGCGCAGCAACUAUUACACAGAAGCUACUCCUGAAUCUGGGACAUACCCCCCUCUAUCGUACGCAGAUUCGGCCUCGCAUGCGACCAAUGCUAUAUCUUAUGAUCCGAAUAAUUCUUUCCUUUACGCGCAAGCAGCUGGACAGGUCGCUGUCGCUCAAGCGCAAGCUCACGCGCAUGCUCAGGCACAAGCACAGGCACAAGCGCAAGUCCAGGCGGCGGAUCACAAUCCACUUACGACGUUCGCUACACAAGCGACUCAGAUGACGCAACCAGCACACAUAAUGUGGCGGCAACAACAGUCAUCGGGGGGGAAUACUUGGCAAGACUGGACCGCCGCCAUCGUCGAUAACCAAGACAGAUACAGCGCCAAUGCUCUAAUGUCCCUAGGUAGCUCUGAUCCUAGACCUGGUGCAAAUGUGGAUGGCACCACUGUGGGUCUAGGAGUCAGUAUGAACGGCACCCCGGCGACGACUACGGCUGCAAUGCAAUGGCCGCUAUUGCUCUUCUCAGAUGGGGUUAGUGGUGCUUGAAAGAUAGUACCUAUCGCUCAAAUUUGAAAAUAAAAGAAAAGAUUGGAACUAGUCCUUAAUGGUCUAGAAUAAUCAUAUCCUACAAAACUACUAUAUGUAAGGGGAUUUUGCCCCAUAUGUCACUAAUAUACGU